ACUGGCACUGUGCCCCCGACUGCUCUCACUCAGUCUCAGAGACGUUCUCCUCCGUCCGUCCGCCCCCGUGACGCGAGCGUCGCCAGGGAGCCGAAAGUAAGCCUCAGUUCCGCCGGCGUGCGAGGGGUUCGAUCUGGGUUAGCCUCUCACGAUGCCGCCAGCCCCCAAGUCCGGCGACGCCCUCUUCGCCAGCGUGGAUCGCGUCAAUGCGGAGCUGUUCACGCUCACGUACGGCGCCAUAGUGCGGCAGCUGCUCACGGAUCUGGAGGAGGUCGAGGAGGUCAACAAGCAGCUCGAUCAAAUGGGUUACAACAUUGGAACACGAUUGGUCGAUGAGUUCUUAGCAAAGUCAAAUGUAUCAAGGUGUGUUGACUUCAAGGAGACUGCCGAUGUUAUUGCGAAGCUUGGCUUCAAAAUGUUCUUGGGUGUGACUGCAACUGUGACCAAUUGGGAUGUUGAGGGUACAAGUUGCAGUAUUGUCCUCGAAGACAACCCUCUUGUUGAUUUUGUUGAGCUCCCUGACACUUGCCAAGGCCUUCAGUAUUGCAAUUUGUUAAGCGGAGUUAUUAGGGGGGCAUUGGAAAUGGUGUCUAUGAAGACGGAGGUGACAUGGGUACGAGACAUGCUUCGCGGGGAUGAUGCCUAUGAGAUGCGGGUGAAACUUAUCAAGCAAGUCCCGGAGGAAUACCCCUACAAGGAUGAUGACUAGUUCUAUCUCAUUGGAAGAUACAGGACGCCUGUUUGCUUGUUUGGAUUUUUUCACAUUGUUGUCGUUGACGGAUUCUAGUUCUGCUAUAACCUGAUGCCAUACGAGGAAGGUGUGGAUUAUAUUUUAUACUCGCCGUGUGUAUUGCUUAUGUAUUGUAGUUGUAGAAAUCAUACAUGAUCUUCCAUGAGUUGAGGCUUUGAAUUAUAGUCUGCUGA